AUGGAUAAGGAUGACAAUGAAAUUUUGAAACCGGGAAAGAGGAGAUCAGAUGGAGUGGAGGAAUCUUUAACAUCGGCAGGAGUCGCUGAACUACCCUUGGCCAGAGUGAAGACAAUUAUGCAGAAAGGCGGCGAUGACCUUCCUAUAUCUCAGGAGGGGUUAUUUGCAAUGGCGAAGGCUGCGGUGUGCAUUGAAAUGUUUAUUAGUGAGUUAACAAAAAAUGUCUAUGAGGCGGCAGACGCGAACUGCGUAGAAUAUUGUCACCUAGCAGAUUACGUUCAACAAAGUGAUGAGUUAGAUUUCUUACAUGAGAAAAGGGUACCAUUGCUAACAUUUUCUGAAAGCUUCUGUUUUAAUGCUCGGAUAUUGUAA